GCUACACUCACCUUGCUCGGUUAUGUCGGGUUAUGAUCGCGCUAUUACAGUGUUCUCGCCCGAUGGUCAUCUCUUCCAAGUUGAAUACGCGUUGGAGGCGGUAAGAAAGGGGACCACAGCGGUUGGGGUCCGAGGAAAGGACACUGCAGUGCUGGCUGUUGAAAGGAAGGCUAUUCCUAAGCUACAAGAUCCUAGGACGGUCCGGAAGAUCCUCAGAAUAGACCAACACGUGAUGUUGGCUUUCGCUGGCCUUAACGCUGACGCAAGGGUAUUGGCCAAUAAGGCUCGUGUGGAGUGUCAAAGCUACCGCCUCAAUGUUGAGGACCAACCAACAGUGGACUAUGUGGCUCGAUACAUUGCAGGAGUCCAACAGCAGUACACCUAUAAGGGAGGCGCUCGUCCCUUCGGUAUAUCAACCUUGAUAAUCGGACAAAACGAGCAGAAGAAACCCCAGUUAUACCAGACAGAUCCAUCUGGGUCAUUCAACUCGUGGAAGGCUGCUGCUAUUGGGAGGAACAGCAAGACUGUGAGUGACUAUCUCGAGAAGAACUACAAGGAGGACAUGUCUGAACAGGAAACAAUAGAAAUGGCGGUCAGGGCUCUGCUAGAGGUCGUGGACUCUAGUGGGAAGAACGUCGAGGUUUGCCUUAUGAAAUCUGAUGGAACUCUCGUUAUGUUGGAGGAAACUGUCGUAGAGGACCUAUGCAAGUCUCUCGAUGAGGGAAUAGAAAAGGCCAGGACACAGGGCCAGCAACAGCGUGUGUGAGUAAUACAGCAAUACCACAAUUUGUGAGCCCACUAGAAAAGAUAGUUUCUCACGCU